AUGGGCUUCCUGGCCUCCCCAGUGAGCACAGGGCAGCAGGUACCGGCUUUCAGCGGCCUGUGUCCUGUCACUGUGGUCACGUCGCUCACCCUCGUGUCUGCGGACUCCGCAGCUUGCGAGCAGGUGCAUUCCCGCUCAUGUGCGGGUGACGGGUUGUUACCAUCCCAGCUGUCCUCGAUGCUGACCACCGAGGAGCCCACGGAGCCUGCCGAGACCGGCCGCCUGGAGGAGGAUGGCGGGCCUGGGGCCGAUCCUGAGGACACAGCCGUGCUCUCCGGGGAAGACAGCCAGGCCAAGCAGAUGCUGGGAUCACAAUCUGCUUUAGGGAAAAUGUUACCUCUGUCAACUGAUGAAGAAAUACUACUGAAACAUGCAGGCCGCAGAAGUCAUAGUGCUACUGUCAUAGGACAAAGACAGUCAUCUAAACAUGGCCCUUCUUCCCAGCCGGUGAGGAUGAAGACAGAAGGAACCGAGUCAGGGGAGACAAGGUCCUGUGAAGCUGGAGAUGAAACUCUUUCUGGAAGUCUUCAGGACAGACGCACUGUGCCUCCCUCCCGGGGGGUGCCCUCUGCGGAGAGCCCAGCUGCGCUUGUGGAUGGACAGUCACAGGCUCAGGUUCCGUGGCUGCUGUUGCUCCAGGACACACGCCGGUCCUCCCAAAGUCUGCAAGAACCGAGUGGCCAUCACUCGCCGGAGCCAGCCGCGGAUGUCAUCCGGCUCAAGGAGGGCAGCCCAGCCCCUGAUGAAAACAGUGAGGACCUCACGGGGGGUUUCCUUCCUAUUUGCUGCUGGUUUGAAGGCACGUGUUCACUGCCUUGCAAGGGUCCUGAGGGCGGGCUCCUCACCCCAGAGAAGACUGAUGGGUCCGCCCGCUCCUUGCCGGGCACUGCUGAGCCACAGGACCCUCCUGGAGAGCCAGGACCUUCCUGCGUGGACGCCGAGAUAAAACAGGGGCACAAAGAGGAAGAAAGGCGGCCCCCAGCCGGCGAGGUGGCUCAGGCACUUGGGGACGGCCGUGAAGCCAUCACCUUCUCAAAGGGCACCGGCAAGGACCAGGGGGCCAGCAAGAAGACCACCGUCCUGCGGUUUUUAAAUGGGGACGUGAAGAAGAUCCUGCCAGACCAGAGAGUGGUUUACUAUUACGCAGACGCUCAGAUAACGCGCACAACUUAUCCCAACGGUUUGGCCAUUGUGCGGUUUCCUAACAAGCAGACAGAAAAAUACCACCCUGAUGGCUCAAAGGAAAUCGUGUUUCCAGACGGGACAGUGAAACGUCUGAGUGCCGGACGUGAAAAGACUGUGUUUCCUGACGGGACAGUCGUCAGCGUGGAAAGGUCAGUAUGAUGACAGAUGUGUGCUGUCAGCAGUUUCUUUAGAUUAAUUUAAUUUUUGUGAAGUGUGGGUAUCUGUGUAAAUGGAAUGAUGGAAAAUAACGUCACUGACCCUGAGGCUUUGUCUACGACCUUCCUGCCACAGAGGGCAUGAGUUUAAACACUGACUUCCAUUCUCUUCCCUGACCUUGGUCAGGCUUGCGUUGCAACCUAAAAAUACUUGUGGUCUUCAGCGAAUGUCCCCUCAGAUCGUGUUGAUGGAAGCCCAGGUCCAUAACAGGACACACGGGACAACAAUUUGAGAUGCACCGAGAAGGUGCUCCCAGAGCCGGCUACCUCCUAACGCCCCGUGUGCACAGGGGAGAGUCGUGAGGCCGUCCCCACCCGGCCAGCUGCCCGCGGCACCACGAGCCCUCCGGAC